CCAGCCUGUACCAGCACCUCUCACACAGCCAAUCCCAGCCCUACCAUGAACCCUCCAGUCCAAACCAACAUGACACCCAUCGAGCGGGAGAGGAUAAUGGAGCCCCCCAGGCCAGUGGAGAGGAUAAAACAAGAACGCGAGGAAACUGCCACAGGAUUCGUUCAACCUCCAAGAGAUAUCCGCGAACCGCUUCCACAUCCUCCACAGGAUAAUAAACCUUGGAGCUACCCUGGGAUGGAUCUACUGAACACGGGGGCUGCGUUUUGGCAGAAUUAUUCCGAUUCUUUGGCUCAGGAACUGGAAAUGGAGAGGAAGUCCAGACAGCAACAGACAGAACGAGAAGUGAAGUCACCACUUCAAGAUCGUUCAGCCUAUUACAAGAACUCAGUUAUGUUCACCAGUAGCGCAACAUGAAACGAGUGGAUUCCACCAAAUAAAUCAGAUUUUGUACAGUGGCAAAUAUAACUUCUCAGAUAUAUAAGUUGAAACAGAGACGGUUUCAACGAAAUAGUGAAUCAGAUUUUGUAUUGUAGCACUUUUUUCAGCACGAGUUUCGAAUAUAUGAAGUGUUCGCUUGGGAAAGAGCUACAGUGCAAUUGAUACACCCAAUCAGAUCAAAGAGUGAAGUUUCACAGCCGGAGAUACUAGUGUCAAAGUUAUUUUCCGGGUUUUUAGCCGUGUUCGAGUUUCUAUACCUGACGUUUCGUCCACUACUGCACCAAAGACGAUGAGGUAACAAUCAAAGUGCUUGAGUUAUUUCCAACUGCAAUGCUGAAGUUAGUCUUGGAUUUUAUAUCAUCAUAUGUGGGCGUGGAUUCAAUGACAAAUUUGUGUUCAAUUGAGGGCAGGAAGCCAGAUUAUAUUGAUGUUCAUUGCCUCUUCCUUUCUAUUGAAAUUAUCCGUGCGUUUUUGUAUUUGUUUUGUCUUUCUAUACAGGGUCUUUAUUUAAAAUGCGGCAAAAAUUUGAAGGACUCUUCCUUAGACUUUUCUAAGGAUAUUUUGUACUUGAUGAUUUUUGGUAGGAUGCUUCGUUUCGAAGAUACGAAGCGAGCGAAAAAAAUUCGACAAUGAAAAUGUAUUACCGAAAAUUACAUGUAAUGUUUCUUAAUCUACAAGAACUGUUGAAAAUGACUCCCCUCCCCGCUCGAAUGCUAGAAUCAUCCAUUAUUCCCCUCAUCGACUCCCGAACUCUUUCAAAAACACCAGGAUUGUUUCUGAUUCCGUUACAGCCAGCAAUUAUCCGAUUUCUAAAAUCUUCCACAUCGUCCACUGGAGUAGUAUAAACUUAUAACUUCAGGUGGCCCCAUAGGAAACCCAGGAGGUUCAGUUCCGGUGAUGGAGCAGGCCAUACGUGAGGUCCACCUCGACCAAUCCAGCGAUCUCCGUAUGUUACUGUUAAAAACACUCGAGCCAAUAUGCUAGAAUGUGCUGGUGCACCAUCGUGCAUAAAUCAUAUUGCAUUUCUUGUAAACAAUGGUACAUCCUCCAGAAACUGAGUUAGCGUUUGUUUCAAAAAGUUGCGGUAUACCUCGUUGGUAAGUUUUCCUGGCAAAAAUACCGGUUCAAUUAAGAAGUCAGCUACGAUUUCCACCCAAACGUUUAACGACAACUGAUGUUGAAAGCUAUCUUCAAGCACCUCACGUGGAUUUUCUUCAGCCCAAACAUAGUCAUUGUUGAAAUUCCUUGUGGCAUUUCUUGAGAAACUGACUUCAUCGGUAAAAAAAUAAGCGUCAUUAGAUGAGCGAUUUGAACCAACGUGCGCAAAAGCCAUUGAUAGAAUGCGAUACGUGGAAGAAAAUCUGCAGGAAGAAGUACCAGAACUCGUUGUUUGUGGUAUGGGUACAACAAAUAGUCUCUAAGAAUGUUCCAAAUCGUCCCGUUACUUACAUUUCCAGUAUUUGCAAUUUUUCCAGUAGAGGUACCUGUAUCUUCUUCUAUCAUGGCCAGCACAUUCUCUUCUACUUCUACCGUUUUCACUGUCAUCGGCCUUUCUGGUCCACCAUUUCGCUUCAAUGCUCGCAUUUCACAAAGUCAGCCAUCUGUGCAUUACUAUAGCCAUUCGUGAUAGAGGAAUUCACUAACAAGGCUUUAAAUAUCAAACACAGAAAAUGCACGUCAAAUAGACAAAAUCAAUCAGUUUCAACCUAAUCGGAAUGUUGUUGAAAUGUUAGAUUUUUUUAUUGGUUGGUAGGUUCAGUGUAGUUGUACUUUUAUAUCGACUACGUUAAUAAUUUCAAAAUUACAAAAAUUGUUAUUGUCGAAUUUUUUUCCGCUCCGUAUUUUCGAAUCAAAGCGCCCUAUCGAAAAUCAUCAAAGAACAAAAUAUCCUCAGAAUGGUCCAAGGACUAGUCUCUUGAAUUUUUGCCGCAUGCUCAAUAAACACUCUGUAUAUUAUUGGAUAGUAAUUUUUAGUUUUAUCGCGACAAAUUCCAGCUUUAAGAAACAACUCGGGUACUACGACCGACAUCUCAUCGCCUUUGAUGAUGUCUACCGCAGUUGUAGACGAAUUGUCAGACACAAAAGCUGCAGACUAUGGCAGAAAACUGGAAAAUGUCUUUAACAUAUUUAGGUGUCUGAUAUUUUUCAAAUAUUGUUUCAUUUCAUGGUAUGCUGUUAUUUUGGAAUGAUAUGUUGAAUGAUUUCAAAAAUCGAUUGAAGUUAAUUGUCCGUUCAUUUAUUCUUCUACAUUAAGACUGACUUUAGAAUGCUUUAGAAAUCAUGUUAACACGAAAAAGUUCAUCCAUUUUUUUUUGGAAUAUGUUACUUGUUUUGUUCUCACUUCAGAAAAUAUUGAAAACUUAUCCGUGAAGAGUAAUUCAUUGCCUGAACUUAAAAAAUUCCAUGUUUUUUAGAGCUAGAUGAAACUGGGGUUUUCCCUGAAAAUUACUCUAAGAACCCUCUGACUUCGGGUUUAAUAGUGUUAUUUCUUUCGGAAAAUGGUUUGAUAAUACGAGUAUACGCCUUUGUGACAAUCAGUGUCAUUACUUCAUUCAUGACAUCAAGUAAUAGUUUUCUGAAUUCUCAUGAAAUGUUUUGUGGAAAUCUAGUUAGAUGAUCCGAUGUCAAAAGGUAUUUCUCAGUAAAAGGUCUAUAGUCUAUAGCUUCUCCAAGAACGGUUUCAAGACUAGUUAAUCUCAAAAACUCAUUUCCCAUUAUUCUCCUGAUUGAAAAAAUUGACUUCUGCAGACUUUGAGAUUUUUUGCUAUAAACUUUAUGGAAAUAACUCAAUCUGUUACCGUUACUCUUUUGAUUCAGUCCAAUGAAUGCGUUUUUUGGUUUGUUUAUUGUCUAAUCCUCACACUCAUAAUAUCAGUUUGAUAAACUAUUAUUCCAGAUCCGUUCCUAAAACAUUAAAAUAAUCAUCAUCUGAAAGGCAUGUUUUGUGAGAAAGUGAUUAUAUUUCUUCACAACCUGAAAAAGAAUUGAAUCCAGAUUGAUGGACAAUUCUGUCAAAAUCCUUGUCACUUUUUAAUAAUUAUUAUAGUUUCAACUCCUGUCCCACGAAUAAUCUGAGUGCAAUACAUAGAAGCUAAUAAAAACUGUAUGUACAAUAUUCUGUAAUCUGUAUUUUACAAUUAAGAAAUAGCGUUUAGUACAUUUUUCAACUGGCAUAUACACAGUUCAUACGUAUCAAAACUUUCCAGAAAUUAAUGUUAGAUUACAUGUAAGGGCAGUAUGUGUGUAUUUAUUGUAAAUAUUUAUGUAUG